GCAAGUUCAAGACAUCCAGUGCUGAUCGGCCAGCGCUGUCCAUGUCGCACCAAGAAUUGCCUGGCGCCCCCGAUGGAGAGACGCCGAAGAUGCGGCGGAGGCAGCUCCAGCUCGAAGGUGCUCUCAAGCGAACCAGCCUCAAAGAGCUACGAGGCCUUCCCAGCAUUGCUCUCAACGCAGGCUCCAAUCCGGGCGCGGAGUCUCCCUCCAAGAGGAAGAGGUCCAGCUCCCCGGGGAAUGCCUCGAGGUGGCGCACCCACAGAACUGCCAUGCUCGCAGUGAAGGAUGAGGAGCUAGAGAGUGCCAUUCAGCUGGCAGCCUAUUACGUGGAGGAUGCUGCUGAGGGGCGGCUGGAUAACGGCUUGGCCUCGAACUUCAAGUCCGGCAACAAGAGGAAGCUGAAUUGCUGCAUCAUCCAGACCCACAUCAUUUGGCACGUCAUAGUGAUGGCCGCAUGUGUGCUGCAUUCCUUGCUCAUCGCCUUCGAGCCCCCUCCCAGCGAGCGAGAUGGAAACACUCGAGGCUUUGUGAAUGCGACAGAGAUUCUGCUCACGCUGGUAUACGUGGCUGACAUCCUUCUCAAGGUGGCCUACAUGGGUGCCGGCACCUUCCUGUCCUUGAAGGGAUCCAAGGUGUGGCAGACCACCUACGCGGCGCUGACGCUGACGCUUCUGCUGGACGCCGCCAUCGCGCCCGCCACGCGCUUGUCGCGGCCUCUGCGGCCCAUCAUCCUGGUGCUGCGAUCCAGAAGUGUUCGCAACUUUUACACCACCGUCCUCCGGAUCUUUCCCAGUCUCCUCAAGGUGCUGGGCCUGUUGCUCUUCAUCCUGACCACGUGCUCUCUGGGCCUGGCUCGGUUGCUCCGGGGCAGCGCAACGCAGUACUUCCAGAGCUCUGCGUCCACCUUCAAGGAGAUGGCGGUGCUAUUGCUGACCCAGGACAACUACAAAGAGCUCCUGAAUGACGUGCUCGCCCACGGGGGCUUGGCAUCGCUGCUGGUCUUCUUCGCAUUUGUGGUGGUGGGCAUUCUCUUCCUUUUGCAGUUGGUUUUGGGUACUGUGAUCGACACCUAUAUGGAGGAGGCGCAGGAGGAGCUCAGAAGCAAGCGAGUGAAGCAGUCAAAAGGCCUGAUUCGGGCCUUCUCCGUGCUGGAUCUCAGGAAGGAAGGAAAGAUGCGGCAGAAGGCCUUCGACAAGUUGCUGCAGAAGCUGAGACCAUCGGAUUCACCCUUCGAGCGACAUUUGAAGUUCAGCCUCCUGUCCAACAAGUACAAGUCCACCUGGGCGAGCUCCGGGCCCUCCACUCCAAAGCCCAGCACCCCACACCGCCGCGAGGAGCUCAGUGAGCGGAGCGGACAGCAUCCGCACUCCCCGGUGAAGCGGAACCUGCCGCAGCUGCUGGAGUCCCCGCUGCCCUUCCCGGCCAAUCCCUGGAGCCUGGAGCCCCACAUCGACCCCAUCGACUUCUUGUCCCUGCACACGGUCCUGGAGCUCACCUUCAAGCCCCGGCGGCCCGCCUGGGACGUGCCCGGCACGGGGAACCAGCCCUGGUGGAGCCGCUGCGCGGAGCUGCUGCUGGCGGACCUCCGAUACAGCACCGUGGUCCGCCUGACCAUGUGGCUCGACGCGGCGAUCUUCCUCGCGGACGCGGAAACCUGGCAACCCCUCUCUUGGGACAUCCAAAUCAAUGAUUUCUUGCAAGCGGGCUUUGUGCUACAGACGGCCAUGCAGGUGUUGGCCCUGGGCAGCAUCCGCAAGGCCUGGCGCUUCGGGCCCUCUGAGACCCCCAUCCUGCGGGGGGAGAUCAUCCUGGCAGCGGCAUUGACGGCCCUGGGCUUAUGCAGCUAUUUCCUGAGCAGCUUCGCGAGUUUCCGCGACGCUGUGGCAGGGCUGGGGGCACUGCGCAGCCUACGCCUGGCGAUGACCUCCGGCAGCAGUCGCUUCUGCCAGUGCUUCGCGGCCAUCCUUCCCGCAAUGACGCAGAUGAUGGGAUUGAUCUCUGUAAUGCACUACACAUUUGCCGCCACUGCAAUGGAGAUCUUGGGCAACCAGCAGGCGCCAGGCUUUGUCACGUUUCCUAAAGCGGCCAUGUCGCUCCUCCAGAUUCUCCUCAAUGCAGAUGGGACGACUAUGGUGAAAGAGAAUCUGCAAACAGCUCAUCCGUUGCUCGGGCUGGUUUUCGUGGCAUACUACGGCAUUGCAGUCCUGGUCGUGGUGAAUCUCGUCACAGCGCUGAUGAUCGAGUUCUACCGCGCGAGCCUGGCGGAGAACGUGGAGCGUCGCGAGCACCGGCAGUCGGAGAUCACCCACCAGGUUCAGGACUUGCUCAGGGAGAUGGAGGUGGUGGAGAAUUUGGGCUUCGAGGUCACAGGGUCCAACGAGACUGGAAUCGAGAAGCUCCGGGCCAGCUUCCUGGGCCAAGGCUCCGACCUGGUGGAUGAAGAGCUCCUUCGCCAGGUGCAGAAGGAGGCGUCUUUGGAUCUGGUGACGCUGCACCGCUCAAAGAGCGGCAGCUUUCCGUGUAGCCCUGCCAGCAGGGGCCAUUGACCAUAGCGCUCAGUUUGGAGAGUACAAGGGUACCAGGGGC